AUGGGAUCAGGCAUUGCACUGGUCGCAGUUGCUACAGGUCAUCAGGCAGUCCUAGUAGAUGUAAAUCAGACUGUACUGGACAAAUCUCGCCAAGGCAUCGAAAAAAAUGCUACUCGAUUUGGUAGGAAACUGUUCAAAGAAGAUCCCGCUGCGGCUGACGUGUUCGUUGCAGAGGCAUUAUCCAGACUUCAGUAUAGCACGCAAUUGGAACAAGCUGUAUCCGGCGCAGAUUUGGUUAUUGAGGCUAUUAUAGAAAAGAUGACAGUCAAACAGGACCUUUUCCGGAAAAUUGACAAUAUCGCUCCGCAACACGUGAUUUUUGUCAGCAACACAUCGUCGCUUUCAAUAGCAGAAAUGGCAGCAGUGACUAAAAGACAAGAUCGUUUCGCUGGAUUACAUUUUUUCAAUCCCGUCCCGUUGAUGAAGCUUAUCGAGGUAAUUAAAAUCGACCAAACUUCGGAAGCAACUUACAACGCACUAUUGGAAUUCGGCCGAGCCUUGGGGAAAACGUGUAUCACCUGUAAGGACACUCCAGGGUUCAUUGUCAAUCGGCUGCUGUUUACGCUGACAUCCGGUGCACUUCAGAUGCUGCACAAUCAGGACGCUUCGAUGCGAGAUAUCGAUACAGCUAUGAAAUUGGGACUGGGCCAUCCUAUGGGCCCUUUCGAGCUUAUGGAUAUGAUUGGAUUGGAUGUGACACUAAGUAUCAUGCAAGAGAGAAACGAACGCUUUCCCGGAGAUGUUUCAUUGCAAACUAUAAACAUUUUAGAGAAGCUUGUUUCCGAAAAGAAGCUUGGUGUUAAGAGUGGUGAAGGGUUUUACAGCUAUAAAUGA